UCACCUGUAAAGAGAUUCAUUUAAUCUCAAAAGGUAUUAAGUUUGUUCAAGUAUCUGCACCAGAAAGACCGAGUUUGGCUAUUACCAUUUCUCCAAUUGAUAUACAAAAACUCUAUUUUGAUAGGAAAACUGGUGAAAAUUUGUCAACCCUGAUCAUAGAAACCGUUCCAAGUUCGAGUUUCAAAAUAUGCGAAGCAUUAAAAAUACAACGGAAUAAAGGUGAUCACAUGGAAGGAACCAUUCGUGUGGCAGUGCAAUUGAACGGAAAGAAUGAAGAAAUUCGAAAUCUAUUGGAAGAGUAUUUCGCCACCUUCAAUACUGUCACUUGGAAACUUGAUAGAAAUCUAUCUGUUAGUGCUCAUCAAUACUUCGAUUUAUUAAAUAACUCUUCUCAACAACCGACAGCAAAAUCUUCAACGUCUUCAUCCGCUCUUAAAUCACCUUGUACUCUUUUUUCCACUCUGUUGGCUAAGAGUAAAAAGAAGACUUCGAAUUCGAAAAUAGAUGAAACGACCUCAAUUGUUGAGAUGAACAGUGAACAUGAAAUUGGAAACUCAAAUGCCGCAGUAUCAAAUCGUGACGAUCGUCUCUUCAGUUAUCCACCUAUUCCCAUUUACGAAGUUGAACAUAUCUCAAUUCGUCAGUCGGAUCUCGCUUGUUUGGAGGAAGGGCAACAAAUAAAUGAUGCAAUCCUGGGUUUCUAUCUUAAGUAUAUUGAAAAAGACUUGACAUCCCCAGAUAUCGCCGAAAGAUGCUACAUUUUCAGUUCAUCUUUUACUACAAUCUCACCCAUAAACCUCGAUCAUCGGAGGUUGGAACGCAGGGCAAAAAUCGCUUUCUGA